AUGUACUCUAAUGGCCGCGCGGGCGGCGGUGGGGACCAAUAUCCCGAAUACUUCUACCGAGAGGUGGGGACUUUCGAGAGUGAGUUACGCAGCCACGCCGAUGGCUACGGGGUGGUCCCGGCGCCGAACCGAGGCCGCCCCUUCACCUACACACCGGACACGAUCAGUGAGGACGGACUGGACACGGGCGGUUUCGUCAGCAGUGGCAGCGCUGUCGGUAGUGGUGUUGGUGUCGGUGGUGUCGGUGGUGGUGUUGGUGGUGGUGGUGUCGGUAGCGGCGGCCGCGCGGACAAGCCCGUGUUCCCUGGCUCACUGCAGCUCCAGGACAGUAAACCGGAUCUCGUGGAGGCCGCUGAGGGCCGCAGGUCGCCCGGCGGCUGUGCCCAGCAGCUGUGCUCGCGGACUCUUUGUCGCAUCCCGCUGGUACUAGCGCUGCUGGUCACACUCGUCGUCAUCUUUGUCAUCAUUUCUAGCAUUCUGCUGCUGCUCAACUAUCUUCCACUGGAGGCGCGCAAUCUCGCCAAAGGCUCCUGUGACGACUCGAGCUGCCCGUUCGGCGGUCAGUGUCAGACCGGUCCGGACGGCCGGACCUCGUGCUCCUGUCCAGAGCGGUGUCCGAGCCGGUACGAACCCGUGUGCGGAACGGACGGCGACACCUACCACAAUGCCUGCCAGCUGAGACUGCGCGCCUGCCAUCGACAGGCAGAUGUGCGCGUCGCCACCGCCGGAAAAUGCAAGUCGCCGGACCCGUGUCGGGACGUGCGGUGUCCGUUCGGAGGUCGAUGCGUACCCUCCGGACUGACAUUCAGCUGCCGCUGCCCCACCGACUGCCCCAGCUUCGGGGGGAAGCCGGUGUGUGGUAGUGACGGGGUGACCUACGACUCGCUCUGUGAACUCAAACGACAGGUGUGCAUCCAGAGGACCAACGUCACCGUCAAGUUCAACGGACAAUGCGAUCCGUGCGCCUCAGUGAGCUGUCCGAAGUACCAGGUGUGCCAGUUGGACGCCUCUCGCCAGGCCUCGUGCCGCUGUAGCGACCACUGUGAGAGACGCGUGGCACCCGUCUGCGCCAGCGACGGCCUCACCUACGAGUCGCUCUGUGCCAUGCAAGUGGAGGCCUGUCGCAGCCGACGUCAGCUCAAAGUCAUCUACCAGGGAAAGUGCAGCUCUGGUGUGAAUCCGUGCUCGGCCCUGCGCUGCUCCGAGUACGAGCGCUGUGAGAUCGACCGUGGCGGCGUGGCGCGCUGCACGUGCCCGGACACGUGCGAGCCCGUGGUGCGUCCCGUGUGCGCCAGCGACGGCCGCACGUACGACAACACGUGCCGCCUGGAGCUGGAGAGGUGCCGCAGCGGCCGAGCCAUGCACGCGCUGCACUACGGCGUCUGUGGCACCCAGGACCCGUGCGCCACCCACCGAUGCCCGUACGGCGGUGUAUGCCGCUCCAACGGACCGGGCUCGGAGCCCCGCUGUGACUGUCCCCGGUGCUCAGACGAGUACAGUCCCGUCUGUGCCACUGACGGUACCUCGUACAACAACGAGUGUAAACUGCGCCUGGAGGCCUGCGAGAAGAGGCUGGAUCUGCGAGUGCAGUACAUCGGACUCUGCACGAACGUUAGUCUCACUCCGAGUCCUGAAAUCGACAUGACUCUGCCAAUGCCGGGUGACGAGGGAUGCGAGAACAAGCACUGUCCUCACUACGGAAUCUGUGAGAGUCGGCCGAACGGGGAGGCGGCCUGCACCUGCCCGCGUACCUGUGUACCGCACAACGACCCAGUGUGCGGCAUUGAUGGCGUCACAUAUGCCAACGAGUGUGAGAUGAAGGUGGCGGCCUGCAAUAAGCAGCAGUUCGUCACGGCCGCCUACAAAGGAGACUGCGACCUGUGCCAGCACGUGGUCUGCAAGUUCGGCGCCCGCUGCGAGGCGGGCCGCUGCGUCUGUCCGACCGACUGCCCUAGCGCUGAUGACCCGGUCUGCGGCACCGACGGAGUGACUUACAACAACGAGUGUCUGAUGCAGGCGCGCGCCUGCACGGCGGACCAUCAGCUGACCACCGCCUACCUGGGGCCCUGUCAGGACACCUCCAAUAUCACCAUAUCGCCGUGUUACGGCCUGGACCCGGUGACGAACCCGCUUACCUCGGCACCGUACGACUGUUCGGACGGAGCCGCCUGUCCUCCCAUCGCCUACUGCCACCGUUCGGCCGACGCCGCCGUCUGCUGUCCUCUAGCGCCCGCCACCGUGGCGCCCCUGGACACCUUGGACGCGCCCGGCGCCCCGGACGCCCCGGGCGUGACGCUCCCGGCGCCCGGCUGCGCCAACUCCACUCACGGCUGUUGUGAGGACGGCGAGACGCCCGCGGCGGGUCCGCGGGGCGCCGGGUGCCCAGCCUCGUGCCGCUGUCACCGUCUGGGCGCCCUGGGGCCGCAGUGUGACCCGGUCACCAAACAGUGCGCCUGCCGACCGGGCGUCGGAGGGCGCCGCUGCGACCGCUGCAAGCCCGGCUUCUGGGGGCUGCCCAAGAUCGCGCGCGGCAACCUCGGCUGUCUCCCCUGUGGAUGUUCGGCGUUCGGCUCAGCGCGGGACGACUGCGAACAGUCCCGGGGCUACUGUGUCUGCAAACCCAACGUGUUCGGAAACAAAUGCAACAAAUGUCCACCGGGCCAGACUCUGCUGCCUCACGGCUGCGGGAAAGGUGAGCUGAAGACGAGCGCCGCCAGCUGCUCGGAACUGGCCUGCUAUUUCGGCGCCGCCUGCAUUCAGAGGACUCCCGACCGCGCCGAGUGCUCGUGUAACCUGACCUGCCCCGAGCCGGAGAGCGAGUCGGGUGGUCCACUGGAGCAGGAGGUGUGCGGUACUGACGGCCAGACGUACCGCAACGAGUGCCAACUGCGCCUGUUUGCCUGCCGCGGACAGCGAGAUAUCGCCAUCGAGGCCUACGGACGCUGCGCGGAUAAAGACACUUCCCUGGAACCCACCGGCAUUCCGUUCCGGCGAUCGACGCUGUUCCAGUCUGCCUUCACCGAGCAGUCGUCUCCAGCCGCGGCCAAGUCUACCCGGCACCUUUUACCAGAGUACGAGAGCGGCUGGUACUCAGGCCGGCCCACGACGCGGGACGAUUUUCUGGUGCAGGGCUGGCUGGGCAGUCCGUGUGGAGCGGACGCGGAGUGUCGUGUCACUCUGUCGGAGUGUCGAGAGGGAGUGUGUCAGUGUCAGACUGGAUACCAGGAGGCACCCAACCGACAACAGUGCACAGCGAUGACGCCACCCAUGCUCACCACGGAGGGAGUUACACGCCUGGUGCUGAACCCCUGUAUGAGUCGUCCCUGUCUCCAUGGCGGCGUGUGCCAACAAUCGGAGACCGACCACGAGAGCUUCAGCUGUCUCUGCACAACCGAGUGGAGAGGAGAUACCUGUCAGGAGCCGGUCGGUCCGCCGACGGUGGCGCCUCCAGCGGCGGACGGCGACAACUACGAGCAGCCCUCGUUCUCGGGCCGCUCCUACCUGACGUUGAGGGCUCCAAAGGCCACCAUCAAGCUGCAGCUGGAGGUGGAGUUUGUCAGUCACGCCGCCGACGGCCUGCUCCUCUACGGACAACAGAUGGAAAACGGCACCGGAGACUUCAUCGCUCUGGCCCUGGUGGAUGGUUUCGUGGAGUUUCGUUACGACAUCGGUAACGGCCCGGUGGUGAUCCGCUCUCUGCAGAGGGUCUCCCAGGGAGAGUACCACAAGGUGGUCGCGCGGCGGUACCACGGGGACGGUCAGCUGAUUGUUGAUGACGGAGAGAGCAUUCACGGCCAGUCGGACGGAAAGUGGCGCUCUCUGGACCUCAGCGAGAUGCUCUACGUCGGACAUGUACCCAGCAAAUACGACAGAGUGUACGAGAACACGGGUACAGUGUUCGGCCUGGUGGGCUGUGUCCGCCGGCUGCGGGUGGGCGGGGCGGCGUCAGCUGACCUCCGCCAGCCGGGGUCACGUGACAUCACCUCGUCACGGGGCGUCACGGAGUGUCGCAGCGACCCGUGCGCCAGUCAGCCGUGUCAAAACGGAGGCCUGUGCGUGCUCACCACCGGUCACCGCUACCUGUGCGAGUGUGCGCAGCACUUUACUGGUGACCACUGUGAGGACAGUGCAGACCCGUGCAGCGCCGCCGACGCCUGCGCUGCUGGCGCCACCUGUACCAGUACAGGGAACGGCACACUGCAGUGUCUGUGCCCGCCCGGCAGAUGGGGCGACCGCUGCCAGGAAGCUCGCACAGACCACAUAUCGGACCCGUUCGUACCGAAUUUCGGCGGCUCUUCGUACCUGCAGCUGCGUCCUUUGCGGGACGCGGGCCGAUCCCUGGAGCUGGAGCUCUGGUUUCUGACCCGAUCACCAGACGGCGUCCUGCUCUAUUCCGGUCAGCGGCAGACCAGCAGCGACUUCAUCGGACUGCGCCUCAGCGGAGGUCGACUGGAGUUCGGCUAUGACCUCGGCUCAGGAGCAGCCAGCAUCAAAUCGAGUCAUACCAUUGCCCUCAACCAGUGGCAUUCUGUCAAGCUCACCCGUUUCGACCAGGACGGCUCGCUUCAGGUCGGAAACGGUACUAUUUCGCGCGGGUCUGCUCCGGGUCAUCUGAACGAACUGAACCUAUCUACCUCUGUUCAUUGGCGGGCUAGA